UUUUGGGUCUCGUCUUUCUCAGUUUCAGAGCUGAGCUUAGCAAGUUGGGUCUCUAAUUUUGAAGCAAUUCUUGGAACUUUGUUUCUCCCUUGUGUGUAUUGAACUGGGAUGCUUUUAGCUACCUCUUUUCCAGCUGUUUGGGAACUGGCACAAGACUAAAAUCUUGUUCCUUCAUUUUCUCAACCUGUAUGGAUGUGUAAUGAAGUGGAGGCGUUUCACCAGCUGAGCCAAUCGAUCCCUUUCAUCUGGACAAGGAUCUUUGGAAGUGGCCAAUUGUUUGCUUUCUAUCUUAUGGAUUGCUUCCUGCUAAUCAAAUCCUGAGGCAAGGAAAGGUUUUUUUUUAUUUUGUGUAAAUUUGAUUGAAUUCCAAAUGGAUAUGAGCAGCAAGAAUGAUACUGAGCGACAAAAGAGGAAUGAGGAUGCUACGAGUUUUGAGACACCAAAUAUGUCCUUGGACUGGCAAUUAAGUGGCAGCAACUUCACAAAUGCAUCCAUGGAGAUGAUCCCUUAUAGCAAUUCUUUUGUAGAUUCAAUUUUUCCCACUAUUUCGGAUCGGACUACCAAUUCGCCACACUUAAGUUUCUACGGUAAUAAUGCUCAAAUUAAUCAUUGUACUGUGAAUCAGCACGAGACUGCAGCAAUUGGCUCGGGCCCUUUGAGAGGUGGUGUUGAGACAGUUGAUAGAACAGUUGUUAUGAGUUGGAAUCCACCAAAUGUUAUGCUGAAAGGGAGCAUGUUUGUACCGCCUAUUCCUGGAACAAUUCCUCAAAGCUUCGCUCAGCUUCCAGCUGAUUUGGGUUUCAUUGAGAGAGCUGCAAGGUUUUCAUGCUUCAGUGGAGGAAAUUUCAGCGAUAUGAUGAACCCUUUUAGUGUCCCUGAGUCUACGAAGCCUUGUUAUAGGGGACUGGCACCAACGUGGAGAACCAAAGAGGUUUUUGCAAGAAACAGAUUAAACUCAACCUCUGCUGUCGACCCUCGGAAGCAGAACAUGCGAAGUAAAGUUGGAAGUUCCAAGAAUGUUUCUUUACCAAAUGAGAACAAGACUAAUGAACAAAGCCCUCUCAAGAAUGAGAAAAAGAAUGAAGUAUUUUCUAGGUCUCAGGAUGAAAGAAAUGAAUCAGUUGGACUGUCUGGAAAUGAGUCUGAUGAAGCUGAAUGUAGUGGCCAUCAAGAGGAAAUGGGAAGUGCCCUGUUGGAGUCCUCUGUGAAGGGCCUUGACUCAAGGAAAAGGAGAAGAUAUGGUCAGGAUACCGAGCUUGAUCGAAUGAAGGGAGCACAACAGCUUCCAGCUGAACCUGAACGAGAACAAACUAAAACUCAGAAAGGAGACGGAAGGUUAAAUUCACCUUCCAGCAAGGAUGGUAGAAAAAACAGUAAACAGAGGUCUCAAUCUUCAGAUCCAACUAAAGAAGAAUACAUACACGUUCGAGCUCGAAGAGGCCAGGCAACAAACAGCCACAGUCUUGCAGAAAGAGUAAGGCGAGAGAAAAUAAGUGAGAGAAUGAAAUUUCUGCAGGAUCUUGUACCUGGUUGCGACAAGGUGACUGGUAAAGCUGUAAUGCUGGACGAGAUCAUUAAUUAUGUUCAAUCUCUGCAAAGACAGGUUGAGUUCCUCACAAUGAAGCUUUCAACAGUAAACCCAUGGCUAGAUUUUAAUCUUGGGCUCCUUGCAAAAGAUUCACAAGCAGGUCCUUCAUCCUCACUUGCUUUUCCAUCCGACAAUACGGCCAUUACUUAUACUUCUUUGCAUGGAUGGCAAUCUGGUCUGCUUCAAUCAGGUUUUCCUGGUGAUGGAAAUUGUAUUGAUGUGUUUCGUAGAUCCAUCAAUUCCCAAUUCGCCUCCAUGAGUGAUGGUUACUCGGAUCCUUCAUCUCAGGUACCUAACGUAUGGGAUAAUCAGCUGCAUAAUGUUGUGAAGAUGGGAUUCAAUUCAAGCAUGCCCCUCGAUUGUCAGGAUUUAAGUUCUUUGCCACCCAACCAGAUGAAAGCAGAACGUUGAAAUGUUUCAAAUCAUCAACCGGAUGCACCUUCUGUUUCUCUAGGGAGUAAGUUGGAUAGAUCAUCUUAGCACUGAGAAAGUUAAAAAGUUUAGGAAGUUAUCAGGCAGAGAGCUGAUCUCAGUGCCCGACCGAAGGAGUUCUGAGUUCAGUUGUACAGCAAGUCCACAAAAAGUUCCUAUUUAUCAUCAUUCUAUGUAAGUCCAAGAAGUGAAGAUUCAUACCACAUGAUUGAGAAAUUCUUCCAUGAACAAAUGCAAAUGAGGGUUCAAGAAUUUAUGCGUUUGGGGUCUAUGUACAAGCCUCUCUACCUGCAAGGUAGGGGUAAGGUCUGUGUACACUCUAUCCUUUCCAGACCCAACUUUGUUGAAUUACACUGAUUAUUGUUGUUGAUGAUGAUACUAUGUGCAAGGGAGAAUGGUCAUUCAUGUUUUUGUUAAUCAUUGAGAUGAAAUGGUUGUAUCCUUAAUGUACUUGGAAGAAAAUUGAAAAAAGUGUGGUUGGGAUGGAAGUAAAUGAAAGUUUCAUUCUUUUCCUUUCA